CACAAAGUUUUUAGAACAUUGCGGGACUCGUUGGUAGACAGUCCGACAACUCGUGUCGUCUCUGCAUUCAAUUUUCGAGUGAACCAAGACAAGAAAGAAACAAACGACACCAUUUAAUUGUGUUGUUUCAGAGUUUUCGUGACCAAAUGCCGGAAGAAUCGACACACAAAAUGGGUCACUGGUGAAGAAUUUCCUCGCGUGUUUAGUUGUGCUAGUGUUUGCGAUCGCCAACACGAGGAUUGUGAACAACACGAUGAUGAUAGAGAAUUGCCUUUUCAAAGUGGACAGUGACUACACGUAAUGUCGUCUUAAACGCAUUCAUACACAAAAAAAAACAACGAAAUUCUUGCUCGAGUUUUGCACUUUAUUUUGAAAACGAUUUGCCUCAAUUGAAGAACAUCAUUGAAAAAGAAAUGGCUUCGUCUAAAGUGGCUCGACGGAGACAAGGAAGUCUCGGUCUGCCCAAAGAUUCGCCGCCACCACCGACCGUCAACGGCGCUGCUUCUCCAAGUCAAAGCCUCGACAAUCUCGAAAUGAUCAAGACGAUUGGAACGGGUACCUUCGGUCGGGUUGUCCUGUGUCGUGAAAAGAGCACGCGGGAAUACUGGGCGCUCAAGAUCUUGGCCAUUGCUGACGUGAUCCGACUCAAACAAGUUCAACACGUCCAGAACGAGAAAAACAUUCUGCUCAGCGUGAAUCAUCCCUUCAUCGUCAACAUGGUGUGGACUCAUCACGACCAAUCGUUUCUCUACAUGCUGUUCGACUACGUCUGCGGCGGCGAACUGUUUUCAUAUUUGCGCAACGCUGGACGUUUCAGCAGUUCCACAGGUAACUUCUACACGUGCGAAAUCGUGUGCGCUUUGGACUACCUUCACACGCAGAACGUUGUCUACCGAGACCUGAAACCGGAGAAUCUUUUACUCGACCGGGACGGACAUUUGAAAAUCACCGAUUUUGGUUUCGCAAAGAAACUAACCGACAGGACGUGGACGUUGUGCGGGACUCCCGAAUAUUUGGCGCCGGAGAUCAUUCAAUCUAAAGGCCACAACAAAGCAGUCGACUGGUGGGCGCUAGGGAUCCUCAUUUACGAAAUGUUGGCCGGAUACCCGCCGUUCUUCGACGACAAUCCGUUCGGCAUCUACGAAAAGAUUUUGGCCGGCAAAAUCGACUGGCCCAGGCACAUGGACCCGAUCGCCAAAGAUUUGGUCAAGAAACUUCUAGUCCAAGAUCGGACUAAACGGCUGGGCAACAUGAAAAAUGGUGCCGAUGAUGUCAAACGCCAUCGGUGGUUCAAAGGACUCGACUGGGAUGACGUUUUCUACCGCAAACUCAAGCCACCCAUCGUGCCGAAAGUCAGCUACGAUGGUGACACCUGCAAUUUUGACGAAUACCCGGAGGCUGAUUGGCAACGGACACCUUGCGUCACCGAAAAGGACUACAAACUUUUCGAGAGCUUCUAAUGUCAUUGUGUGGUACCCAACCCCCCACACACACAUAACACUGAAUUUUUCAAUUUAACAUAUUUUUUUUUUUUUUUCUUAAAAGAAAUAUUUUGGACUAUAGGAAAGAUUUUUUUUUUUUAUUAUUGUACAUAAAAAAUGGCGCAGCUUUUUUUAUUUUUAUUUUUUUAUUUAUCAUAAUUUUCUAUUUUUAGCGCAAAAAAAGCCGUUUGGCUUCAUGUCAUUGGUUUUCAAUUUUUUUCCUCUUUCGACUUCGUGAAUUAUUUAGACGCGUUCGACAAGUUUUCAAAAAAAAACAAACAAAAAAGACUUGCCUAUUUUUGACAACAAUGUCUAGGAACUGUAAAAAAAAAACUAAGCGUCUCUCCAUUUCUAUUGUGUUGUAGUGUAUCAUAUGCCACCCGUUUUUUUUGUGUGCGCGUACGUGCAUAACGUAAAAAAAAAAAAUGGUGAUUUAAGAGUCAAACCGGUCAUUUGUUUGUCACGGCCGAAGAAACACGCUGAAACGAUAAAUGGGGAAGGAAGACUUUUCUUUUCCUUCUUUGCCUUUUUGAGUGACGUCAAAACACGUUUGAAGUAUAUUUCCUUGAUGACAAAUUUAGAAAAGAAAAAUACGUGACGAUAGUUCCACAUUUGUUUAGUUUCUUUUAUUUCAAUGUCUUUUUUUUUUUUUUUUUUAUAAAUCUAAAUCAUUCACUUUUUCGGGCUUUAGACAUGAACGUAUUAAAACAUAUUUGGAGACGUGUAACCGUGUCUUGGAGAGCUUCCCCCCUGCCCUUGUGUGUGUUGUAAACAGUUUUUUCAAUACGAGAACGUCUUUCCGUCAACAACAAAAAAAAAAUUGUUUCGUGAAAAUGUUGUGCAAUUUUUCGUUUCGAGUUUGUCUUUCCUUGUAUUUUACAACGUGACAACGAUGUGUGUUUAGAAGAGCGCUGAAAUACAACGAAUAACGAAUGAA